AUGGAGAGUGUAUUAAGUUUGUUUACUCCUUCAUGGGCAGUUCCUGGAACUGGUCUGAAACAGGUUAUUGCCCUUGCAGAGGAAGAAUUCGGGGCUGAUGCCCUUACUCCACAACUUAUCGAUGCUUCAGUCUCUGCCAUGCCCGGUAUUUUUGGCGACUACCCUCAGCCUAGCGAUAAAGCACCAUGUGGUAUUUUCAUAGCAGUUUACUCUAUAUUAGCACUGGCUCAUCUGUUCAUUUUCGUGAAAAAUAAAUCUAGAGGCCACAACUUCUACAUGUCGUUUGGUUUGAUGUGGUAUUGUCUAUUCAGAAUGAUUGGAUUCGCACUUCGAGUGCGCUGGAUAAGCGAUCUGUUAAAUUUCAAUAUGGGUAUUGCAUCUGUGACGUUUAGCCAACUCCCUCCAUUAUACUUGAACGUGCUAUGUAUGAUUCUUGGUCACCGUAUAUUUACUUGGAGACACCCGGAAACUGGCAAUUCCAAAUAUUUCAAUGUCGCCAUUAUCCUGAUCUACAUUUUUUCCGCUCCACUUGUUGCAAUGGCUAUUGUGGGACAAGUAAUCCCCAAUAUUUAUUUCCUUACUGAGAAACAUCUUCGUAUCUGUCAUCAAGUAACUCAAGCAGCUGCUGUUCUGAAUCUUUCCUAUGCAACUUCCGGUAUAUUCUUGGUCCAGUUGGCAUACUUUUUCAAGCCUGGUACUAUUGAUCACCGAAUGUUAAGAAUGCCCAAGGCAAAGCUUGUGCCACAUCUUCCUCCUGUGGUCCAACCCACUUGGAUAAGAAGUGCUGCUUUAACCUAUUACCCACGUAAAGGCGAACAGAUCCCACUGUAUCGUGACGGUCCCACGGGCAAGGCUAUUCGAAUUAUCCCUUCGAGAGAGACUCCUGCAGGUGGACUAUGUCGUCCUUAUAGCAACGAUUCGUCUUCUCCCAACAAUCGAGUGCCCUCCAUUAGAACUGCUGUCCUCAUCGUUAUCGUUGUUUCCGCAAUUAUGACAAUGAACAUCGUUUUCCGAACUGCUAGCACUUUCAUCCUCAAACCCCGUGGCGGAUUCCCUGGCCCACUGAACUCUUGGAUCUACCACAACUAUGUUUAUUACAUCUGGUACGGAGCUUUUGAAGCCAUUGCUAAUGUUAUUCUGCUCCUUGGAAGAGUCGACCUCAGAUUCUAUAUCCCGGAUAUGCCCAUUAAAGGCACUGGAAAUGAGCUCGAAGUACACCAGGAAAAACAAUCCGCCAGCGUCGAAUCUUUCCAGGAGGUUUAA